AUGCUUCAGACAGUUUGGGUGUCUUCAUCCAGGAGCUGGGCUUCCAGGAAGCCUGAUGGCCAACAAACAAGCUGGAAAUGUGGAUUUGUCAGAACUAUAAUCCAGCAUACAUGUCCAAGGCACAACCCCAGGGGCCAAAGGAAAGCAAGAAUGUUGAAGAAGAUCUACAUAUGCCUCUGCUUCUUCUUUGUCUCGGGCAUUUUGUAUGAGAUCUCCUUGCUGACCGGCUGCAUCUUCUCCUGUAUGCCUAUGCCCAAGCACUUCCUGACACCUGAGCAGGUCUUGAACCUGGGAAAAAGCAUCAUCUUCCUGGAGACGACGGAGCGCUUGGAGCCGCCCCCGCUGGUCUCCUGCUCUGUGGAGUCUGCUGCCAGGAUUUACCAGGACCGGCCCGUCAUCCUCUUCAUGAAGGGGCUCACAAACGACACGGUGUUGGACUCAAACUCCAGCUAUGCGGCCUUCUCGCUUUUAUCUUCUAUGAAGAAUGUCUUCCUUUUCCCUCUCCAGAUGGAAACCAUCUUCCAGGAGACCCCCCUGCUGCAGUGGUACAACGAGGUAGACCCAGAGGAGGAGAAGAAUUGGGUCCACAUCAGCUCUGAUGCCAGCAGACUGGCUCUCAUUUGGAAGUACGGGGGCAUCUACAUGGACACGGAUGUCAUCUCCAUCAGGCCCAUCCCCGAGGGGAGCUUCUUGGCGGCACAGAAGUCACGGUUCUCCAGCAACGGGAUCUUUGGCUUCCCUGCCCACCACAAAUUUAUUUGGGACUGCAUGGAGAACUUUGUUCUCAAGUACAAUGGGAACAUCUGGGGGAACCAGGGCCCCUUCUUAAUGACAAGGAUGCUCAAAACCAUCUGCAAUCUCACCGAUUUUGAAGGCAUUGAGGACCACAGCUGCCAGAACAUCUCCUUCCUAAAUCCACAGCGUUUCUACCCCAUCCCGUACCCAGCCUGGGGGCGGUACUAUGACGUAUGGGACAAAAACCCCGAUUUCAACCACUCCUACGCACUGCACUUGUGGAACUUCAUGAACCGCAACCGGAAAGCUGUGGUUGCUGGCAGCAACACGCUGGCCGAAAAACUGUACAAAACCUACUGCCCCACCACAUACGAGGACCUGAUCAAAAACGCAGAGCUGAGGGACUUCUCAAGCUAUGAGGACUCUGUGUGA